UCCGUAAUUACGGAAACACCCUCCAAAAACCUCUUUAAAUCUAUCUCACAGACGCGUACUGAAAGACAAGCGCUCCACUUUUCAAGCCCGUCUUCUUCUUCAUUCCUUCCUUAGAUCCCGCUUGAUUCACGCCCUUCUCCUCCGAGACCGCAAGCCAUGGCGGGAUCCCCUGCCACCGUGAAACCCACCCCGAUACUGAAAGAUGAGCUCGACAUCGUCAUCCCCACAAUCCGAAACCUCGAUUUCUUGGAGAUGUGGAGGCCCUUCUUCCAGCCUUACCAUCUGAUUAUUGUCCAAGAUGGCGACCCUUCAAAGACCAUCAAAGUCCCCGAGGGGUUCGAUUACGAGCUCUACAACAGGAACGACAUCAACAGGAUUCUGGGUCCCAAAGCUUCUUGCAUUUCGUUCAAGGACUCUGCCUGCAGAUGCUUCGGGUUCAUGGUGUCCAAGAAGAAGUACAUCUACACCAUCGAUGACGAUUGCUUUGUGGCCAAGGAUCCAACCGGGCAGCAGAUCAAUGCGCUGGAGCAGCACAUCAAGAACCUGCUAUCCCCAUCGACCCCGCACUUCUUCAACACGCUCUACGAUCCGUACCGAGAAGGUGCUGACUUUGUCCGCGGGUACCCUUUCAGUCUCCGUGAGGGCGUUGCCACGGCGAUUUCGCAUGGCCUGUGGAUGAACAUCCCUGAUUAUGAUGCUCCCACUCAGCUGGUCAAGCCUCUCGAGAGGAACACCAGGUAUGUUGAUGCUGUGAUGACAAUCCCCAAGGGAACUCUGUUCCCCAUGUGCGGGAUGAACCUUGCCUUCAACCGUGAAUUGGUUGGACCUGCAUUGUACUUUGGACUCAUGGGAGAUGGCCAGCCAAUUGGUCGAUACGACGACAUGUGGGCUGGAUGGUGUGUGAAGGUGAUCUGCGACCAUAUGGGAUGGGGAGUCAAGACCGGGUUGCCAUACAUUUGGCACAGCAAGGCGAGCAACCCGUUUGUGAACCUGAAGAAGGAGUACAAGGGCAUAUUCUGGCAGGAAGAGAUCAUCCCGUUCUUCCAAUCCGUGAAGAUGUCCAAGGAAGCCACCACGGUUCAGAAGUGCUACAUCGAGCUGUCGAAGGAAGUGAAGGAGAAGCUGGGGAAGGUGGAUCCCUACUUCGACAAGCUUGCCGAUGCCAUGGUGACCUGGAUUGAAGCUUGGGAUGAGCUGAACCCUUCUUCAGCCGAGAAGCCAGCGAAGUAGAAGGAGCGGACGAUGGUUUUGUUAGGCCACAGAGAGCAGAGAGCUAAGAGAAGAGAGAAGAGUUUACUUUUGCUGAUGAGGGAUUUCGUUGGUAGCAGUAAAUCUUGGUAGUUGCAGUGUAGGUGGUCUAUUGAUAUUCAGCAACACGAUAUUUAUUUCUAUAGCGCUAUUGGUUACUAUUACGAUUGUUACUACUUACUAGUACUGCAUAAUGUUAGAGGAUUUUGAGUGAAUUAAUUGUCAUUAUCGGUAUCUAUUAUUAUGGUAUAAUAAAAUUGAGUUUGUAUUGUAUUUUUUGUUACUUAACUUAGUAGUUGUUGCAGAAAGGUGGGUCGGUGGUCUAAA